AUGCUAAAGAAGAAAUCGUUCCGUAUGUUCGAGGAUUCUGACAACAGUGAGCCAGGCAUAUUGAUGGGAAAUGAAGAGAUCCAUGCAACCAAGUCGGCAUCGGCAUCGGCAUCGGAAUCACUCUUCCAGAUCCCAUCUAGCAAUGAAAGUGUGGCAUCUACUGGCAGUGAGGAAGUCCGAUCUCUCGAUACUACAAAUGUUACUAUUUCAGUGUCCCCACCACAUUGCAGCUGUGAACACAUACUUCUUUCAAACAAUGAAUACCAGUCAACUACUACUACAACUUCCGUUGGAUCAACACCCAAACGUCUUCUCAACAAUAAAAGUUCAUCUUUAACUGGUAGCCAACAUCCAUAUCAGUCGCCCACCAGAGACUUUGCCGACCAGCAACACAGCUCGAGGGCAUCCCGAACCGUUGUGCGAAGCCAUCAACCUUCUCACAACAGCAAGAGUCCAUCUUUGACUGGCAGUCAAGAUUCGCUUAUACCAGUCUCACCAGCCAGAAUACUCGUCGAUCUACCACGCAAUACGAGAGCGUCUCAACCCGUUUUACGAACGCAUGCUGAGAAAUUAAGAGCAGCUUUGGCAUGCCCCAUUGAUGAACUCCCCCAAGCGAAGCUCAAAUCUCCAAAGAAGACACCUUUGAAAAAGAAGAUGGGAUCACUUUGGAGAAAGGUCCAGCAUAAAUUCGAGAAGCCCUUAGUUGCGAACAAUCAUCAGUUGAUCACGAGCAAGGAUGAGUAG